UUUAGUAUUCAUUAUUGUCCUCCUUAAAAACUUGUCAUCGCGCUUUGCAGGAUUUAGGUCGUCAUCAUUAGAAAAAAUUUACGUUGUUGUCUCUAAAAUUUUUGCAUCAUUGGCUAUCAAAUUGAUAAGAGAAAGCACAUUAUAAUCUCUCAAAUGGAAGAGAGAGACAGCAAAUCCUAUUCCAUUGCUCCUAACCUGAAGCCAUUCCAAUCUCGGGCCAUCCAGAAGGGUUUCUCAUAUAACUUUCUUCCCUUUUUAUCCCAAAUCUUUCCCUUAAAGUCGUUCUGGAGGGAUUCUUUGUUUUCUCCGGUUGGAAAUUGGUUGCCUGUUGAUUUCGUGCGACCAAUGACCAACUUCGGAAUGGCUGCAACAGAAAGUUCAGAGAGGGAGAGAGAGAGAGAGGGAGCGAGGGAACACAGAAAAAUUAAAGUCCGGAAGUGAACUUAUAAUGCUGAUCAUGGUGGGCAAGAUGAUAUUUCUCAAAAAUUGUGGUUAAGAUGAUGGUAGAGCAUCGUUGGCAACAAUCAUGAGUGAAUUGUUUACAAAGAACUGUGAAAGUGAUCAAGCCGUUCCCUUCACGAGUGAACAAACCCAGAAUUGUCUAAUGGACUGCGAUAUGGAGGAAAUGAGUGCAGAUAAUGUGAAAACUUCACCUGCAGACCACCUCCAACAAUGGAGCCAGUGGCAACUACUAGAUUCCAUUCUUCCUACAGGCGGUUUUGCUCAUUCUUCUGGUCUUGAGGCUGCUGUCCAAGCUCGCUUUGUAGUGGGCCCUGAAGAUUUGAAGUUCUACAUUAUCCAAGUCUUGGAGAACACCGGCAGCCUACUUCUUCCAUAUGUAUAUUGUGCAAGCAAGUUUCCUGACGUUGAAUCCUGGUUUAAACUAGAUAGAUUGCUUGAGGCAACACUGACUAAUGAAGUUAGUAGAAAAGCAUCAGCAUCUCAAGGAUCAGCACUUUUGAGAGUGGCUGCAUCUAUAUAUGUGGAGAUUCCAUCUCUUAAACAGAUGCGGGAUACUUACCUGGGUUCAGGGGCGGCUUCUUUCCACCAUGCACCGAUUUUUGGGCUCAUAUGUGGUCUUCUUGGUUUUGAUAGCAGUACUUCGCAGCGGGCCUACAUGUUCAUAACAAUGAGAGAUGUUGUUUCUGCUGCAACAAGGUUGAAUCUGAUAGGGCCCCUUGGUGCAUCAGUAUUGCAGCACCAAAUUGCUCAUGUUGCGGAACAGAUGACGAAGAAAUGGAUGGAUCGCCCGGUUGAGGAAGCAAGCCAGACUUCUCCUUUGGUUGAUAUUGUGCAGGGCUGCCAUGGAUACCUGUUUUCAAGAUUAUUCUGCUCUUGAUAAGUUGGCACGGUUGUCUAUUUGUGUUUUGUUCAUUCAUAAAGGCUUUCCCUGCUUUCUUUUUAUUACCUUACUUUUCUUCUAAGGUGGGAAGUUUUCAUGUAAGCCCAGCUAGGGUUGUGUGUUUUCUGGAACAUGGUAAAUUUUAUUAGUUUCCAUAAGGCAUAUUAAGAUGCAUUCAUCUUGCUGAGGGAGCAAAUCUGAUACUUGGCUCCAUCCAAAUGUUCUAGGCUAAACAAAGAUGACUUGAUUCAUAUGCUUAUCAUAUUUGAAUACCUUAAAGUGGGUCAAUGCAAAACCACAUAUAAUUCUA